GCGAUUAUCAAAAAGGAAAACUAAUCCAGGUAGUGUCAUGAAACAUGGCAGGGACAGACGGAAACCAAGAUUAUGAAGGUAAAAUCGGUGUGACAGACGUUGUCAUCAUCGUCAUCUAUUUCGUCUUCGUCAUCAUUGUCGGUUUAUGGUCUAUGUACAGAACUAACAGGGGCAAUGCCAGCGGUUACUUCCUUGCAGGCCGUUCAAUGUGGUGGUUACCGAUUGGUGCAUCAUUAUUUGCAAGUAACAUUGGAACCGGACAUUUUAUCGGAUUGGCAGGGACCGGUGCAGCAUCGGGUCUAGCAGUGGCGGCUUAUGAAGUUAUGUCUGGAUAUGCCAUUCUUCUUUUGGGAUGGAUCUUUCUCCCUGUUUACGUCUCUUCUGGGGUCUACACGAUGCCCGAGUAUCUCCGUGUUCGUUACGGAGGUCAACGACUUCGGAUAGCGAUGUCUAUCCUUGCACUUUUCCUUUAUGUAUUUACAAAAAUAUCCGUUGAUAUUUUCGCUGGAGCAGUAUUCAUUCAACAGGCUUUUCAAUGGAACAUAUACGCUUCAAUAUUUGUACUCUUAGCUGUAACUGCUGUAUACACCAUUACAGGUGGCCUUGCAGCGGUGAUCUAUACGGAUACUCUCCAAGUUUUGAUCAUGCUUAUUGGCGGCUCAUAUCUCAUGGUAACAAGCUUUAUCAAGAUAGGGAGCCUGGAACAACUAAGACUAGAAUACAUGCAGUCUAUUCCAUCUUCCGCACUGAACGAUACGCAUUCCACCUGCGGAUACCCGAGACAAGACGCCUUUAGUAUGAUCCGGGAUGCAACUACUUCGGAUCAACCAUGGCCCGGGACCGCUCUUGGUAUCAUGGUGAUUGGCACUUGGUACUGGUGUACUGACCAGGUCAUUGUACAACGUUCCCUUGCAGCCAAGAAUGUCACACACGCGAAGGGCGCCUCUAUCGUCGCAAGUUACCUCAAGUUUCUCCCACAAUUCCUCAUCGUGAUGCCAGGAAUGAUCGCUCGAGUCCUUUAUACAGAUGAGGUUGCGUGUAUAGACAGUGAAUCGUGUAUGAAGUAUUGCCAGAACCCAACCUCGUGUUCAAACAUAGCCUACCCACUGCUCAUCCUCAGACUUAUGCCAAUCGGUGCUCGUGGAUUGAUGAUGGCCGUCAUGAUCGCCGCCCUGAUGAGCUCAUUAACAUCCAUAUUCAACAGUGGGAGCACCAUUUUCACCAUGGACCUGUGGCGCCGCCUACGUCCGAAUGCAAAGAACCGAGAGUUGAUGAUAGUAGGAAGGCUCUUCGUCCUUGUCCUCGUUGCCAUCAGUAUCCUGUGGGUUCCCAUAGUCCAGGUAGCACAAGGUGGCCAACUCUUCCAGUACAUCCAGUCUCUGCAAUCUUACUUUGCUCCACCUAUCUUUGUCUGCUUCGUCUCUGGAGUACUCUCAGUCAGAACCAACGAGAAGGGAGCCUUUUGGGGUUUCUCCGUCGGGGUGGUUCUUGGUGUGAUACGGAUGAUCCUUGACAUUGUCUAUCCUGCCCCAGCCUGUGGAUCGCAGGAUGUCCGACCUUCGGUUGUCAAGAAUGUCCACUUCCUCUACUACAAUUGCAUCGUGACCCUGGUGUGCCUGGUUGUGACUUGGACCAUCAGCCUGUUCACCUCUAAGCCCACACUCAAUCAGAUACUUGGCAAGACUUUCUGGACCCGUGGAAUGAAAUCACCAGAAGAAGAGCAAAAUCACAACGACACUACAACCAUUCACGCAGGGAGUAAUAAAACCGUGAAGGACGUCCGGAAAAGACUCGUAAUGCAAGAAAAAAUGCCAACUGAUGUUUCUACAGAUAGUUCCCAAACUGUUGAACUUUCAAGUCAAAAGCAAAAGGAGAAAAGGGAUACCCCAAGAUGGAAAACAUAUCUAUUUUGGUUUCUUGGAUUCAACCCCGACGAUGAUCAAGACGUUCCUGGGGAGGCUAGCAUGAUAAAGAGCAUUGAUGAGAACCCGACAUGGCAACAGUUUACCUUGGUCAAUGCUAUCGUCGUCUGUGGGGUGGCAGUCGGGAUUAUGGUUUGGUGGUGGUGACGACAGAAGCCGUAUAUUCGAUAUCAAUGUUCUCUAAUAAUUGUUCAUUUUAAUCUCAAGUCUAGAAUCUUCCGAUAAAAAGCAAUCGCACUCCAUGGUGAGGUAUGAAAUAAGUUUCCUUUCUUUCAUUCAAAUCAUACCUGUUUAAUAUGUGAAUGGAUGCAUCAACCAUGUCAACAGAGUUGUGACCGAAACGGUCUAACAAUGAUCGAGAAAAUGAGCUAUAAGUUCCCGAAAUAUCGUGUAAAUGCAGACUAAUAAGUUAUGUCCACUCUAAAAAGCAUUUUAGAUGAAGAUUGUCUAAAAUAGAGAGAUAGAAAGAAAGAAUGAGAGAGAGAGAGAGAGAGAGAGAGAGAAAGAAGGAAAUAGAGGGGGAGAGAUGCGCCUGAUGCGAAUGCCGUUCAAAAUCCUAUCCAACAUUCGCAUUUAAAUUCUGCAAAUUGCUCAUAAAACGUGCACGGGAAAUUGGGUUGCUGCCAGUUGAUUCUUUUCGUUCCAGGUUGUACUUUAUUAGAGUGAGCACGAGACAAAAAUUUCUUUGGACGUGACAUUUUUCUAGAGACAUUUCAAUGAUGAAACACACGCAUUUUUCUGAUUAGGACCGCACCUUACUUUUAAUAGAGACCUUGGUCUAGUUUUUGAUUGAAUCCUGGGUCAUGACUCAUUGAUGUCAAACUAGGCUGAUGGGUCCGCCGCUACAGUCAAUCAUGUCGACAAUAUAACACCAAUGUAUUUUGAAUGUAGAAGGUAAAAGCAAAUGCACUUUCAUUCUACCACAAAAGAGGUUUCAAUCUAAUCUUUAUGAAAUAACAAAUUAUGGAAUCGUCGAUCACUGUUUACUUUAUGAACCGCCUACGUCAAAUGUUUAUAUUAUUUAUACACGCGAGGCUGGCUAAAACAAAACUUUGACACUGUUCACUUGAUUAUUAAAGACUUCCCUGAAAAAGUGUUUAACUUGUAAUGAAUUCAGUGCCUAACACUCUUUACUUACUUUCUAGUUUCUUUCCUUAAUUUCAUCCAAAUGCAUAGGGACAUGCUUACCUAUGUGUUAUGCGCUAUAAAAGAGCUGCAUAUUAUUAUUCGGAUAGCUGGUCGUUUCGUCAUUAUGAUGAGUCUGCCCCUAUAUGCCCACAAUUUAUUUUGAAUGUGCAAGGCAGAAGCAAUUGCACUUUCAUUUCACAAAAAAGAGGUUUCUGCCUCAUCUUAAUCAAUGAUAAACAAAUUAUGAAAACAUCAAUCACUGUUCACUUUAGAAAAUGAACCGCCUUCGUAAAAUAUUUUUAUUAUUUAUACACGCGAUGAUGGCUAAACAAAAACACUGUCACUGUUCCCCCGAUUCAGCUUACUGGGAGUGUCAGCUAGGCGUUUCGUCUACAUAAUUAUGAAGCCUGAUAAGUUGAUAGAUCUAACAACAACAACAACAACAAUAAAAAUCCAUGGUUUUGAUUGGCUACGAAGCACUGACCAUGUCUGGCGGUUAGUGUGCUAACUGUCGGACAAAGCAAAAUUGUCAUUGCUAACAAAUUUAAUUCAAUGGGUGAACUAGCUGCAAUUGCUCCGCAUCGGCACGGUAUCUAUCAUGUUAGUAUCUCUGUAUUUUUGGUGGAAUCAUUCUCUGGGAAGGUGACGACAGUGCAGCAGGACAUGUCUCUCACCGACCAUGGUUUUGUAAAACUAUUCAGAGGACCAGAAGAUCUUUUGAGUUGUCUGUCGGAAUAAACGUGACCCCACAGUUACAGAUCUAAUCAAGAUUUGGUUGAUGUUUGUGUUGUUUAUGCCGUGCAUCCAACUUAACUGCAAACACAACGACAAACCUCCUUAUACAAGCAAAAGUUAAAAGAAAGUCUCUUUCACACAAGAAAUCAUGUCAAUUAAAGCCCAGCAACACGAGAGCAAUGCGUAUUGCCAUUAUGUUGAAGCAAAUCUGAGAAAACUGGUUACUGCCUUCCUGGGAAAACCACACUUAAGGGACACAAAAAUAUCGAACCGUGAUGGAAGUAACAAUGAAUAUGUCAACAACAAACGAAAAUAUCAAAUCGGAUGGGUACUAUGAACUAUUUCUUCCUUAUGCUGUUGUGUGGUCCCUGAUCUCCUUCAUCGGCAUCUCUGGGAAUUCGAUUAACCUGACAGCGAUUAGUCGACUACACGUUGGUGUAGCAACGAAGGUUUUCAUCAUCGCUCUUUCGGUAUCAGACCUGUUUACGGCCAUUUCCUUGAUUACCCAGGUCGUUGUUACUCGGGCAGGCUGGGAAGAUAGUGGUAGUUGGGACUUGGUAAGCCAGACCGUUUCCAUCAUCGUUCGAUGGUCUUCACUAACAAGUGCUACAUUCAUAGUUAUUGUGAAUCUCGAUCGCUUUCUGCAUAUCGUCUUACCUUUCAAGUAUGAUGCUAUAAUCAAUGGCAAGCGAGCUGCUUUUAGUACAAUAGUUAUUGCUCUUAUCGUACUGGUCAUAAAUUUGCUGUGCGCUGGCCUGACACAAAAAUCUUUCGCAACAUUUUCGUUUAAAAGUAAUAAUAUGAUCUUCAUUCUUGAUACUACGUAUUUUUAUUAUCCGAGCUUAGUAUUUGCAGCCUUUGUCUGGUUUCUUCAGAUUGUGGUUAUAGCAGUGUAUGCCAGAAUGUUUUGCAUAGUGCGGAGACAUACAAACAAAAUUACUGCGCAGGAGAAUGCUGCAGUUAGGCUUAAGAGUAUCAGCGCCGCGAUCGACUUCACAGGCCAUGCCAGCUCAGCCGGACUGCCCGGACAUACAUUGCAAAAAUCCCCGAAAACACCCAAGGUAAUGUCUUCUACUUUCCAUAACGCUUCACCCCAAGGUGGAGCUGAAGCGUCGGCGUCAGGACUUCCCUCGAAUAGGUUUCAAAUAAGGACAGUUGGCGUCCUGCAGCGUAAGAAACGUAAAGGAUGCAAGCUGAAAGAGCAAAUGAAGAUUAUCCACCAAAACCUCCGGAACCUCCGAACAUCAUUUUUGGUGACAGGCUGCUACCUGAUGGCAUGGGCCCCUUAUUCCAUCAUAGUUGCAGGAGCAGCGUUGACUGGGAAUCCACCGAACAAGGACAUAUUUCUGGUAUCCUAUACUAUGGGGUUGGGGUGUUGCUGUGUCAAUUGUUUAGUGUAUAUGUCCUCGCGCUACAGCUUCAAGUCGGUCCUCCAAAAAAGAAAUUGUUGUCGAUAAUAUGUAUUUGAUUCGAUGAUGAAAUUACGGUUUCUUCUGGAGGCAACAGUGUAGUAUGUUUUUUUAGAGAGAAAAUGUUAUUCCUAGUUACAGAAUGUUGAUUUUCAUGAG